GACGUCAGCAGAGCACGCCCGCCCACAAGCAGCCCCAGCGCGCGGCGGGGACAGCAGAAAGCAGGCACCAUGAAUGGCACCGACAUGAAGAAGGCGGCCAUCAACAAGGCCAAGCAGGUUGCGCAGGCCGCAAACUCCAACGGCGGCAAGAAGCGGCGCAAGGGCCAGGACCUGAAGCCCAUCAUCACGUCCGAGGGCCAGGCCGGCGCCCCGAAUGCCUCGUCGCCCUCUGGCUCGACGGGGUCCUUUCACUACAAUGUGCAGAGCACCACGUCGCCCCUCACCCAGCACAAGAUGUACCCCAACCAAUUGAGCCACUCGCCCGACUCGUCGUCGUCGUCGGUCGACGAGGCGGAGAACACGGCCGACGAAGAGGACUCCGAGGACUACUGCAAGGGCGGCUACCACCCCGUCCAGGUCGGCGAGGAGUACAAGGACGGCAAGUACACGAUUGUGCGCAAGCUCGGCUGGGGGCACUUCUCCACCGUCUGGCUGUCGCGCGACAACACCAACGGCAAGCACGUCGCCCUCAAGGUCGUCCGCUCCGCCGCCCACUACACCGAGACGGCGCUGGACGAGAUCAAGCUGCUCAAAAAGGUCGUCGACGCCAACAAGGACCACCCCGGCCGCGCCCACGUUGUCAGCCUGCUCGACUCGUUCAACCACAAGGGCCCCAACGGCGUCCAUGUCUGCAUGGUCUUUGAGGUCCUGGGCGAGAACCUGCUGGGCCUGAUCAAGAGAUGGAACCACCGCGGCAUCCCCAUGCCGCUGGUCAAGCAAAUCACAAAGCAGGUGCUGCUGGGCCUCGACUACCUGCACCGCGAGUGCGGCAUCAUCCACACGGACCUCAAGCCCGAAAACGUCCUCAUCGAGAUUGGCGACGUGGAGCAGAUUGUCAAGACGUGUGUAAAAGACGAGCCCGCCAAAAAGGGCACCGAAGACAGCGUGCGCAACGGCCGCCGGAGACGAAGGACGCUGAUCACCGGAAGCCAGCCGCUCCCGAGUCCGCUCAACGCCAGCUUCAACCACGCCGAACUCUCCAGCUUCCCUGGCACCACACAGAGCCUCAACAAGGUCAUGAGCGAGAGCACAGGUAAAGAUUCCCCCACGACUGUUCCGAGUCCUCCUCCUUCAUCAGACGGUGUCGUAAUGAGUGGUGCUCUAGCAACCCCGUCGUCCACAACGAAUCUGUCCAUGGCAGAACGCCUCGGCAUCAAGUCGUCCAACGAAGACGAUGCACAGAAACAGCGAGAAAAGUCUGCCGACCUGCUAACCAAGGAGGUAUCGGGCAUCAGCCUCGACAAGCCCACGGGCUCAGCCGACAAGGAGCAGCAAGGCGAAAACAACUUUGAAAUAAUAUCCGUCAAGAUUGCAGAUUUGGGCAAUGCCUGCUGGGUCGGACACCAUUUUACCAACGACAUUCAGACACGGCAAUACCGGUCACCCGAAGUGAUUCUGGGCAGCAAAUGGGGCGCUAGUACGGAUGUGUGGAGCAUGGCAGCCAUGACUUUUGAGCUCAUUACGGGCGACUACCUCUUUGACCCACAGAGUGGCACCAAAUACGGCAAGGACGACGAUCACAUUGCGCAGAUCAUUGAACUUUUAGGGACGUUUCCCAAGGGCCUGUGCAUGUCGGGCAAGUGGUCGCAGGAGAUAUUCAACCGCAAAGGCGAGCUCCGCAAUAUCCACCGGCUACGGCACUGGGCGCUUCCCGACGUGCUGCACGAAAAGUACCAUUUUAGCAAGGAGGAGAGCAAAAAGAUUGCCGACUUCCUGCUGCCCAUGCUGGAGCUGCUGCCGGCAGACCGGGCCAACGCUGGCGGCAUGGCGGGCCACGACUUCUUGAAGGAUACAAAGGGAAUGGAACAUGUGAAUUUGAAUAUUCCGGUGGGCAGCAAGGGCGAGGGCAUAGAGGGCUGGGCGACCGAGGUCAAGAAGACAAGGUAGAGGGGGCACGAGCACAGGGUGAGCGGUUGCAACAGCUCCCUCCCCCCCCCAAAGUCGCUGAUAGGCUACGAGCAAUGAGGAAGAAUGUACGAGCUUUCAGAUGCUUUGACACGUUGUCGAGGUCGGCGGGCCAUGGCAGGGCGAGGUGCACUUGAAUCUCGCAGAAGCCGGCGGCAUUUCGAGGUGGCGGAUGCAAUGCGACACUGACACUGGGGAGGGGGCGGGGGGCAGUCCAUGUACCGCAGCACGUCACAGAGCCCCCCCAGACUGGCUGUCGUCUGGCGUCGGCCGUACCGAGCGUGCUUACGCGACAGAAUACGGGGAGGGUGUUUUGGACGACACGGCGUGGGCGUGGUGUUUGGUGGUGGCGAGGGGCGUGCAACACGGGGGAGGGGCCUUUUCUUGUCUUGACAUGUUGUCCUGCAGAUAGAGCGUUUGUUACGAUUCACGAAGCAUGCACGUCA